GAAAAUGAUUUAGUUAUGUAAGAGCAUUUAUCCAGUUACAAGUUGCAAUCUGUGAGAUUCCAAUUUUUCGUUCCUUCCUUCCCCAAUGGAAAUGGAUUCCACUCCGAACGGAAACAACACUGCCACCGGAACUCAAAUCGGAGCCACCACCGCCGUCAACCCUACGCCUGCUCCGUCCUCCAACCUUCCCCGACUGACGGAGUCUCUCAAGCUCGAACAUCAGUUCCUCAGAGUCCCUUUCGAGCACUUCAAGAAAACCCUCCGAGCCAACAACCGUGUCGUCGAGAAGGAGAUGACCGCCGUUAUCUCCGGCGUCAACGAUGCCGUCUCUUCUGAUUUAUCCCCCUCCGACGCCGUUAAUCACCUUAGCUCUCUCGUCUCCCGUCUCCAAGGACUCAAAAGAAAAUUGGAAGAAGGAAAUCGAGCUGAGCAUCUGCAAGCGCAGAAGUGUCGUGCACGUCUCGAACAUUUGGAAUCUGCAGAUGCAGAAAAAAUGUCGGAAUGGAAUAACACUCGCUUGAAGCGAAUUCUUGUUGAUUACAUGUUGAGAAUGUCAUAUUACGACACUGCACAGAAACUGACUGAAUGCAGCAACUUGCAGGAGCUAGUUGAUAUUGAUGUGUUCCAAGAAGCAAAAAAGGUUAUUGAUGCUUUGCAAAGUAAGGAUGCUGCACCUGCCCUAGCAUGGUGUGCUGAAAACAAAUCAAGACUGAAGAAGUCUAAGAGCAAAUUGGAGUUCCAGUUGAGACUUCAAGAGUUCAUAGAAAUGGUAAGAGUUGAAAACAAUUUAAGAGCCAUCACAUAUGCUAAGAAGUAUCUUGCGCCAUGGGGAACCACCCACAUGAAAGAACUGCAGCGAGUCAUCGCAACACUAGCUUUUAAAAGAGAUACCGGAUGUGCCACAUAUAAGGUCUUGUUUGAAGCCAAGCAAUGGGAUUAUCUAGUCGACCAAUUCAAACAGGAAUUCUGCAAGUUAUAUGGCAUGACUUUAGAGCCUUUGCUCAAUAUCUACCUGCAAGCUGGCCUUUCGGCUCUCAAAACUCCAUAUUGUUACGAGGAUGAUUGCACAAAAGAAGACCCUCUAUCACAGGAAGCUUUUCGCAAACUAGCCUCGCCAUUACCAUUUUCUAAGCAGCAUCACUCAAAACUUGUUUGCUACAUAACAAAGGAGCUAAUGGACACGGAGAACCCACCACAAGUCCUGCCUAAUGGAUAUGUUUAUAGCACCAAGGCUCUUGAAGAGAUGGCUAAGAAGAAUAAUGGCACUAUCAUCUGCCCAAGGUCAGGUUUAAUCUGCAGUUACACAGAACUGGUCAAGGCAUUUAUUUCGUAAAUCUAGAUACAAAUUUGAUUAAUGAUUGAAAAUGUGAAUCCUGCCCUUAGCUUCAAGUUACUGUGGCUGUCAGAUUGGAAAAAUGUUUGCAAAGUUACUCUUAUGAUCCUCGUUAACCAGUCAGUAUAUUUUACCUGUGUUGUGGUGUAUACUUAAAACCUGUACAUAUGUAAGAUGUUUUUAGUAUCAAUUGGAUGACCUAAAAAUGUGCAUACAAUGAUUUAGUAUUUUCCUUUCUAAUGAACUUCUCUAUAUUUCCUCA